AAGCAAUUCAAGAAGGACCUGGAUAAAAUGUUCGAUCGCUGCGCCUGAAAAGAUCGAGCCUGAAAUACUUAUUGAAUCAACGCAACCCGAAGCCGGAAUUGUAGAAACCUUUGCAAAAAUAAUUAAAGCAAAAUUAAAUGAAGAAAGAAAAUAUCGAAUAUAUCGAGAUUUAUUUAAUCAUUGCGACCGAACUCGAAAAAUGUGA